AUGCCUUGUGAAUGCGGCGGUGUGAAUAAUGUUUUGGGGUUGGGCGACUGCGUGAGCGACAGAUCCCGUUCACAAGGGCCGAAGCGAGCCUGCAGGUCUGUCGCUGUGUCUCAAAGAGGCGAUGUCCAGAGUUUUCCCCGUUUGCCUACCAGAGAUCAUUCCAUCUGGCUGCAGAAGGCUUUAGUCCUCAUGCAGAGACAGAGCCCAGCUGGGCAUUUAGGAAACUGGCUCGAGGUGGGCAUCUUUUCCAGAAGGCCUCUCCCCGAAGUGGCGGGAAUGGAGUCUUUGGGCGGCCCAAACGAGAACACGUUGUCACCUCCAGAUACGUUAAAUUUUAGUAACGGGGCGCAUCAUAAGCGGAAGACUCUCGUCGCCCCGGAAAUCAACAUUUCUCUGGAUCAGAGCGAAGGCUCCCUCUUGUCAGACGAUUUCCUGGACACGCCCGAUGACCUGGACAUAAACGUGGAUGACAUCGAAACCCCGGAUGAGACAGACUCCCUGGAGUUCCUGGGCAAUGGGAACGAACUGGAGUGGGAAGACGAUACUCCUGUGGCCACGGCCAAAAACAUGCCCGGAGACAGCGCAGACUUGUUUGGGGACGGAGCCACGGAAGAUGGCAGCGCCACCAACGGACGCCUGUGGAGGACGGUCAUCAUUGGCGAGCAGGAGCACCGCAUCGAUCUGCAGAUGAUCAAGCCCUACAUGAGAGUGGUGACACACGGAGGCUAUUAUGGAGAAGGCCUCAACGCCAUCAUUGUCUUUGCUGCCUGCUAUCUGCCUGACAGCAGCCUGCCGGAUUAUCAUUACAUCAUGGAGAAUCUCUUCUUGUAUGUGAUCAGCAGCCUGGAGCUCCUGGUGGCCGAGGACUACAUGAUUGUGUACUUGAAUGGUGCUACACCACGCCGAAGAAUGCCUGGGAUUGGCUGGCUGAAAAAAUGCUACCAAAUGAUUGACAGAAGGUGAGAGUUCAACCUGAAAGCUCUGAUAAUCGUUCACCCCUCUUGGUUCAUUCGGACAGUGUUGGCUAUUUCGAGGCCAUUUAUCAGUGUGAAGUUUAUCAGUAAGAUCCAGUACGUUCACACACUGGAGGAACUAGAAAGCAUUAUCCCCAUGGAGCACGUCCAGAUUCCAGUUUGUGUCCUACAGUUUGAAGAAGAGAGAAACAGAGCAAGAAAAGAAAGGGCAGAAGAGAAACAGGACAUGGCUGAGAGAGAGAGGCCUCUGAUGCCAGUGGAGGCUCAGGAAACAAGCAUGUCAUGAAGGAAGGGACAGGGUCCAAAGGUGGCCUCGACUUGGUUUGUUAUCCACUGUAAAAUGACCUUCCCGAUGUUAAGACUUCGUGCCCAUCUCAUUCUCAACAAGAUCCAGGAAAGCCCGCCUCCCCCAUCUCAAAGACCUCAAGUCCACUACAGGAAAGAACAAGAAAAAGGCCACAAGACGUUCUGUUGCAGAACACAGAGAUAAAUAGCGCUUUCCAUGAAAUGGUUCCGAGCGCUGAAAGUUUUGCAUCUGUCGCAGAGAUUCCGUGGUGUGCAGGCACAUAUCUGUGUGUGUUAAAAACAAACAAACAACGCUUCAGGAUAUUAGAGCAUCCAGCCCUGAACUAAGAGAAAGAAGGGCGCUCUCUCUCUCUCUUUUUUAACGCAAAGCUCUUCCUUCCCUUGCUGCAGGCCGGCAGCACCAUGACACUGGGCUUGCAAAAGUUCUUAUGCAAGGCAUUGUAACGGAGACCGUCGCCCUGUACGUCGAUUGGAGUGGGAAACGUACAAUGCACGCCUCUUAUGAAGUUUGCGCUGCCUCUUUGACGCAUCGGAAGCGCCUGCUUGCUUUUGUCUUGCUUCCAAAAAAGACCCCACCCUCUGGCCAUCUUAUCAACUGAGCUCACGCUGCAGCCCCAUGGGUGAAAGUAAACUUUAUUUGCCAUGGCCGCUCUAGAAGAAAGAGAAAGGAUUGUUACUCUAGAGGAAGGAGAAAGGAUCUUGGGCGCCAUGUCCCAGAAAUGUUCCAACUGCACCUUUCACACAACGAUACGGAUGUGAAGGGACUCAGGAGAGGAAAUCCACAUGGCUUCUAUUAUCUUCAUGAUACCAGACAAUCGUCUUUAUACCCCCCCCAAAAAAAAGCUGCAA